AUGACCAAGCUCCUUGUCUUAGUCGGCACCGGUCCCGGCAUUGGCCUCUCGACCGCCACGCUUUUCGCCUCCAAAGGCUUCGAUAUCGCCCUCCUCUCCCGCAACGCAGCUCGCCUUGCAGAAGACGCUCAAAAGGUCGGUGCGGCAGGCCAAGGCAAAGUCAAGGUUAUGUCGUUUCCUGUCGACGUCAGUGAUCAUGUUCUUCUGAAGAAGACUUUGGGCGAGGUCGAGCAGCAUAUGGGAAAGCCGGAAGUGGUGGUUUUCAAUGCCGCAAGGAUCGCGCAAACCGUUAUUGGGGAGACGAGUGAGGAGGAUAUCAUUGGAGAUUUCAAGUUGAUGAAUAUUGGCCAAUAUGUUGCUGCUUCAUGGGCAUUGCCGUUGCUCGAAGACGUAGCUGAGGAGCCAGACACACACGCAUCAUUUUUCCUCACCAGCUCGGGGGUCUCCUAUGAUCCCGUACCGUUCAUAUUGUCGCUGAGCAUGAUGAAGGCGGCGCAGAACAACUUCUUGGCUAGCUUAGCAAAGGUGGCCGGGCCGAAGGGAGUGCAUGUAGGUAGGAUUGAUAUCAACGGUGUGGUCAGUGACGAAGAGGAGGUGAGGAACGCCAAGCAUAUCGCGGAACAACUGUGGGAGCUGUAUCAGCAAGACAAGGAUAACUGGAGCUUUGUGGAGGACUGCGGGGAUAUGGAUGGGUUUCUGAAGGCAGUUGGCGUGGAGAGUAAGAGGGUGUUACCUGCAUGA